CGCUGAUCUUCUCCGGAGCGUGAUUCAGAGAAUCAUAUCUCUGUGACAGACCUGAAUCGAGUAGGUCCUAUCGCCUUGCUCGGGGGGUUUUGGAUCGAAUGCAAGUUUAUCCCGGACCUGCCAAGACCGCAGGAGAUUCAAGUCAGAGUGGUCUCCGGUACUCAUGCGGUGAGGCACUCGAUCGAAUGCGGAACUUUCAUGGAGGCCUGUCCCUACGUUCACAGAUUCCCGAAGAAGUAUGUCGAGCGAUGAAGAUCAUGUGCUGUACAAGGAUAGAUCCGAUUGGGCCGACGUCAAGCCAUUGGACAUCGAGACCGACAAGGAUUCUGUGAUAAAUAUCGCCUACAGCGAAACCUUCAGAGAUUGUUAUGGCUACCUGAGAGCCGUGCUCAAGAGCGGUGAGCUCAGCGAACGCGUAUUCGAGCUGACCACGACUUGCGCCGAUGAGAAUCCGUCCUGCUACACCGUAUGGCUCCUUCGAAGAAAACUCAUCGCGCAUCUUAAGAAGGACCUCAGAGAAGAACUCGAUUUCAUGGUCACUCAAAUCCAGGAGAAUCAGAAGAACUAUCAAGUUUGGUAUCACCGUCAGAAGAUGGUCGAAUGGCUCGGAGACCCUGCGGGGGAGCUGGAGUUCAUUCGUAAUAUGCUGGAAUGGGAUGCAAAGAAUUAUCAUGCGUGGCAAUAUCGUCAAUGGAUACUGCGGAAGUUCAAUCUCUGGGAUGGUGAGCUGGCGGUCUGCGAUGAAAUGCUGGCGAAAGAUUGCAGGAACAAUUCUGCGUGGAAUCAAAGAUAUUUUGUCGUGCUCAAUUCCACAGGAUUCACCAGCGAAGUGAUGGAUAGUGAAAUCGAAUUCACCCUGGACUCUGUCCGCGAGGUCAACUACAACGAGAGUUCUUGGAACUAUCUGAGAGGCAUAUUCAAACACGCCAACGACAAACAGAAAGCUCACAUAAUCAACGUUUUGGAGAAAGAAUUCAGCUCCGGGAGAAAAAGUGUGUUCUCUCUGUCGAUCCUUCUCGACACCUACGAAGCGACCGGGCAAAAGGACUUAGCUUUGAAAGCAGCCGAACAACUGAAGGAGCAUGAUCUUCUGCGAGCGAAUUACUGGGAUUUCAGAGCGAGACUCUUACGGGAGGAAUGAUAACCGCCCUGGAAUCGCCAAAAUCUGAGACCUGUAUUUUGAUCUCAAGAAUAAAGGAUCCGGCUAUGUUCUCAUGG